CGGAAGCGUAUAGUUUUGUCGUUGAGUUGUAUAGUCAUAGAUAACAACCGUGUGCUAAUAAUCAACAAUAGCUAACUCCUAUCGCGAAGCAACAAGUCGGACAGAAUGCAACUCGAAUUACGUACCGUUUAUUGGUAAAUAAAAAGUCUGGAAUGGCAACGCUACUUCAAGGGACCUUGAUGGACUUCAGUCCAAUAAGGAAUGGCGACCCAGAGAAGGAAAAUGAUGUUCCUGUUCUAAGCCUGGUCCUGUUUUCCAAGGCUCCUUUUGUAUCCUUUGGUACAACGAAGGUCGGCACCUCAAAGUCUGCUGUUCUCCGCAUUGAAAAUCCAACAGAGGAUGCAGAAGUCGAGGUCACUGUUGACAAGAUCCCAUCGAGCAAAGGCUUCACUGUGAACCAAAACGCAUUCACAAUUCAGCCCCUGAGCUCAUUUAGCAUGACAAUAACCUGGACUCCAAACGAAGAAGGUGGAAUCAGAGAACUGAUCAUCUUCAAUGCCAACAACGUCCUCAAGCACCAGGCAGUUUUGCUUGGGAGAGCAGAAGCAUCACAAAAGAAAAAGAAGAGCUUAUGGGAUACAAUCAAAAAGAAAAGGGCAGUCGGAAAAGCAUCUCCUUACAGGGGAAAGAGGAUGGAGCCACCAACAAAGAUGGCUGCCAAUAAAAUCGUACAAGUGUCCCAAAAGCAACAGCAUAAACGGGAUAAACUCCGCAGUCCACUUUCUUCACUUAAUGAGGGAAAACCUGUCAAAGAGAAGUUUAAACACCAGCACAGACGCCUUGAGGAUCACCAUCAGAAGUCAGAGCAGUCUUUAAAUCCUACCCAAAAGCAAUGGUCUCUGGCAGACCAGGAGAACGUACGCCAUGUUCAAAGACACUCUUCUCAUGCAUUGGCCACAAAGACGACAGACAUGUGUCAGAACAAAGCGCUUUCCAAAAUCCUGAAUACAACUUUGUCCCCUAUUGGGACACCAGAGAAGCUCAAAGAGAUCAUGCCUCACAUUCAGUCAGUGGCAAGUCCUGUGAGCAGAGGCCCAGCACUCUCUAUGACUGAUGCACUUGCACUCAUUGGCUCAGAUCUCAGUUCAAAUAACAGCAGUCCUCAAGACACCAGUUCUAGUUAUGGCUUUUCCGAUUCCUUGGAGUCGAAAAGUGAUGAACAUGAAUGUGGGCCGAACAAAAAUGUCUUCAAUGCACAACCUGACAGCCCAGAACUGUCAGAGUCCACAGAGCCCAGACUGACUUUCAGCAAAAAGGUUGUACCCGAGACAGAAAAGGCUGUAGAAAUACCUAAAGGGCGGGCUUUUAAUUGUGAAACGGUGAUUAAAAAAAAGGCACCAAUGAGUGAGAGGAAAAUAAAGAAGUCAAGGCGGUGUCUGUUGGAGAAAACGCUGGAGAUGGCAGAAAGCAGCAGUCAGGCUGAGUCUGGACCAAGUACCCCACAGCUACCUGUAAUAGAACCAGACACAAGGACAGAGGGAUCUGAGGAAGCUGGACUCCGAUGUGUCAACACAAGAGCUGUCCAAGAAUUAAAUGCUGCCAGCCCGACUCAAAGGCUUGAUGGCUCACCAUCAUCCAUUCCUAUACCGACCAGCUCGCCUAAACACACAGCUCAUCGGGGCUUCACCAUCACGUCCCCACCCCUCAAGGUUCCUAAUAUGACCUCCACGAUCACCUCUCCGUCACCCUUGGGCCAAUUUUCCCCUAUUCACUGCAGCAACAAACCCAACAAUCACCUUCCUGAAUCAUCUCCAGCAGCUGUUCCCCCUGAGCUCAUCUCAGCCAAUCAUUUGGACUCAUUUCCCAUUCAUUUGGCAAAGAAGAGCAGAAAGAGGAAGAGUGAAGAGUAUUUGAAAAGUGUCCUGAAGAUCGACGAUGGUGGGAAAACUGAGCCCGUCAAAAGGACCAGGACGGUGGCUUGGAAAAACGAGCCCACCAAAUCGACACACGAGAGGAGUACGUCACAGAGGCAGCGGGCCAAAUCAACAGGUUCUGGAUACUCAAUGAAGACACCAUCUCUAAAGACCACAAAGUCAUCAGCCCCUAGUCCGACGAAGCCAACAAGCACCAAACUUCCCUCGCAAGGCGCCACAUCUCUGAAGUCAUCCCGAGCGCAGAGUGUGAGGUGUGUAAAGCCUGCAAGGGUUGCUGCUGUAGCACAGUCCAUGCUGACCUUCAUCAAACCAGCUCAGACAGCCAUACCCAGGCAUCCACUUCCUUUUGCUGCCAAGAACAUGUUCUAUGACGAGAGAUGGAUUGAGAAGCAAGAAAGGGGUUUCACCUGGUGGCUCAACUAUGUCUUGACUCCAGAUGAUUUUAAAGUCAACACUGAAAUUACCAAAGUGAGUGCUGCAUCCCUUGCCAUGGGCUGCAGUGACAAGUUCAGUGUUGCCAAAGCUCCCACCAAAGAGGAGAUGUCUUUCAGCACUUAUACAGCUCGUCGAAAGUUAAACCGCCUUCGCCGAUCUGCCUGCCAGCUCUUCACCUCUGAGAGCAUGGCCAAGGCCAUCAAGAGGUUGGAGAUUGAGGUGGAGGCAAAGAGACUACUCAUCCGCAAAGACCGCCAUCUUUGGAAGGAUAUAGGUGAACGUCAGAAAGUCCUCAAUUGGCUUCUUGCCUACAAUCCGUUAUGGUUACGGAUUGGCCUUGAGACUAUCUUUGGGGAGCUCAUCUCGCUGGAGAGCAACAGUGAUACAAUGGGUAUGGCUAUGUUUAUACUCCAACGACUUCUAUGGAACCCAGACAUCGCAGCGGAAUUUAGACACCCCAAAGUCCCUCAUCUCUACAAAGACGGCCACGAGGAGGCGCUGUCUCGCUUCACGCUGAAGAAGCUGCUCUUGCUGGUGUGUUUCUUGGACAAGGCCAAAGAGUCUCGCCUGAUCGAGCAUGACCCAUGUCUGUUCUGCAUGGAUGCAGAGUUCAAGACAAGCAAAGACCUGCUGCUCGCUUUCUCAAGAGACUUUCUAAGCGGGGAGGGUAUCCUCCCCCGCCAUCUUGGCUACCUGGGGCUACCAGUCUCCCACGUUCAAGCUCCCCUCGACGAGUUCAACUUUGCUGUCAGGAAUUUGGCAGUUGAUUUAAAAUGCGGAGUUCGACUUGUGAGAGUCAUGGAGCUUCUCAUAAAGCAGUGGGGGUUGUCGGCAAAGCUUCGACUGCCAGCCAUCAGCCGCCUGCAAAAAGUCCACAAUGUAGAUAUCUCCCUACAAGUCCUCAAAAGCCAAGGCGUUGACCUGAAGGAUGAACACGGUCACAUGAUCGAAUCCAGAGACAUUGUGGAUGGACAUCGAGAGAGGACAUUGAGCCUCCUGUGGAAAAUAAUUUUUUCAUAUCAGGUGGAGGUGAUAUUGGAUGUGGAUCAGUUGAGGGAGGAAAUUGGCUUCCUGAGGAGAACCCUGAGGAUUAAACGGAGGUUGGCGUCACUGAGGGCUGAUCGGGGCCUUGACUGUGCGCCAAAGACCAAGAUGCCGUGCGAACACGGCAGUACUAAGGUGGCCCUGCUGAUGGAGUGGACCCGUGCUGUGUGUGAUUUCUACAAUCUGAAGGUGGAGAACUUCACUGUGACAUUCUCAGAUGGCCGUGUCCUCUGCUACCUCAUCCACCACUACCACCCCAGUCUCGUCUCAGAAGAUUGUGUGCAUAACAACACCACGCAGACUGUGGAAUGCUCGCCGCGGGGUCGCAUGGAGCUCGACUGCUCAGCCGUAGACUCGGACGACUCUUUUGACUACUCUUUGGCAGGGCGAAACGGACUUCAGUCUCCCUCUGUGGCGUUUAAAGAGCUACUGGAAAAUGAGAAAAGCAAUUUCAGACUUGUUAAUACAGCAGUGGCUUUCCUGGGUGGAGUACCCGCCAUGAUCAAUCCAGCCGACAUGUCCAACACCAUCCCCAAUGAGAAGGUUGUCAUGUCUUACCUGUCUUUCCUGUGUGCUCGUCUCCUGGACCUGCGUAAUGAAACCAGAGCAGCUCGCGUCAUACAAGGUGCCUGGAGGAAGUACAGAUUAAAGAGAGACCUACAGCUGUACAAGGAGAGAAAUAUGGCUGCUUUGAAAAUCCAGGUCGUUGUGAGGCAUUUUCUACAGCGGCGUCGGGCCAAGAAGCAAUGUGCAGCUUCCAUAAUCAUCCAAUCAGUCUGGAGGGGCUAUGUUACUCGCAAAACACUGAGGACAAAAAAAGAGACAGAACUCCGGAAUAUACAGCAUCAAGCAGCAACUGUCAUCCAGGCACAGUGGAGAAUGUUUUCCACUAUGAGGUAUUACCAGAAGCUCCGAUACUACACGGUUGUGGUCCAAGCACAGUGGCGAAUGAAGAAGGCAAUCUCAGCUUUUGGAAGAAUCUACUGGGCGACAACUGUCAUAAAGAGAUAUUUAAGAGCUUCGAUUCUUGCAAGAAAAAUGAGGGAGCGUUAUCUUUUGCACAAAUCUGCAGUAAUAAAAAUACAGAGAGGCUACAGACGAUGGAAAAUCCUGAAAACUAGAAGGGAAACUUAUGCAGCCAAAGUCAUACAAACCACCUUUAAGAAAUGGUACACAGAGAAAAUGGCCAAAAGAGUGUCUGCUGCUGUUAAGAUUCAGUCCUGGUAUAGAAUGAAGAGGUGUUUGUUUCAGUACAGAAAGUUCCAAAGCAGCAUCUUGCUCAUUCAAGCCCACUACAGAGGUCAUGUACAAAGGCAGCACUUUCAGAGGCACAAGCAUCGGCACGACUCGGCCAUUGUCAUCCAGAGUGCCUUCAGAGGGUACACUGUCAGGAAACAUGUGAUGAAAAUGAAGUAUGCCUCAGUCCUGAUCCAGCGGUGGUACAGGGCGUCUAUGCAAAGAAACACACAAAGGCAAAUGUUUGUCAAGCUGUGUUGGGCCGCCAGAACCAUACAGGCAGCAUACCGAGAGAAACGCACUCAAAACUUGAUGAAAAAACAGCACAAGGCAGCAACUUUGAUCCAGGCUACAUUCAGGAAAUUUGCUGCCCAAAGGAACUACCAUGCCCUGAGAAAGGCAGCAGUUGUGCUACAGCAAAAGUAUAGAGCCACAGUUUUGGCUCGCAAGACAAAGGAGGAGUAUGGUAUCAUCAAGAUUGCUGUAAUCACCAUACAAGCAACCUGGAGAGGCCGAGCUGACAGGAAGAGGAUAGAAAAAUACCACCAGUGUGCAACGCUUAUCCGGGCCUACUAUUGUCGCCAUAAAGCACAAGUGGAGUACAAGUCAAAAAAGGUAGCAGCUGUUGUCAUCCAGCGCCAUUAUAGGAAUAAUGUGGCUGCAAAGGAAACAAGAAAAGCAUUCCUCCAGAAGAGAGCAGCCUGUGUUAUACUACAAGCUGGCUUUCGAGGCAUGAAAGUUAGGACAGAUCUGAAGGAAAAGCACAAGGCCGCGACUGUCAUUCAGUCUGCAGUUAGAAUGUUUUUAGCAAGGAAACGAUACAUUCUCCUUCAAAGCGCAGCCAUUAUAAUCCAGAGCCAUUAUAGAGCGCUACUUGAGGGCAGGGAACAGCAACAUGUGUACAGGAAGCAAAAGAAAGCUGCCUUAAAAAUCCAAGCAGUUUACAGAGCAUGGAGAGCCCGAGAAGAAAUUAAGAAGAGGCACAAUGCUGCCAGAGUAAUCCAGGCUAAAUUCAGAAUGUACAGAGCACGUAUGGCUUAUCUUGCAACUAAGUGCGCUGCAGUCAUUAUUCAAGAACGUUUCAGGGCCAAAAUCCUCAUGAAUCAACAGUUGAAAAAAUACAGAGUUAUGAAAUCUGCUGCUGUUGUCAUCCAGGCAUCUUAUCGCGGACACCGGACGAGGAUGGAUAUUGUGGAAAUGCACAGUGCUGCCGUGGUCAUUCAGAGACAGUUUCUCACCUUCCAUGAAAGGAAUAAAUUUGUUUCAAUUAGGAGAGCAGCUAUGGUGUUCCAGCAGCGAUACAGGGCAUUGACCCUGAUGAGAGAGGUCCAAACUGAUUAUCUGUCAAAGCGCAGGGCAGCCACUUGUCUGCAGGCAGCCUUCAGAGGAUACAAGGUCCGAAAACAAUUGAUCAUAAAACACAAAGCUGCUUUAACAAUUCAGUCAAACUUCAGGAAAUAUCAACAAAAUCACUUCUACAGGAGGCUUCAGUGGGCUGCCAGUGUUGUGCAAGAACGUUACAGAGCAAACAAAAAAAUGAGAAAUGAAAGAUGGGCUCUCCGUACGAAGAGAAAUGCUGCCAUUGUCUUACAAGCUGCCUUCCGGGGACUGAAAUCCAGACAGAUCAUCAAACAAAAGCACCAGGCAGCCACCACUAUCCAGAGAGCUUUCAGAGCCUACAGCGAACACAAGAAGUAUCUUGCCUUAAAAUCUUCGGUGCUUGCCGUACAGCGCAGAUAUCGGGCCACGAUUGCAGCCAAAGCACAAAUGCAACAUUACCGAAACAUGCACAAGGCUGCACUUGUCAUUCAGGCAUCAUACAAAAGAUGGCGAGUCAGGAAGGAUAUUGCUCUUUGGCACCAGGCAGCCACUGUGAUCCAAUCUAUUUUCAGGCAGCACAGAGAGGAAGUUAAAUUCCAGGCCAUGCGUCUGUCAGCAGUCUUCAUCCAGAGAUACUACCGAGCGCAUGUCCUUCAGAAAAGAGAAAGGGCAUACUUCCUCAAAAUCAGAUCUUCCGCUAUUGUCCUGCAAGCAGCAUUCAGAGGUCAUUCUGUGAGAAGAGGAAUUGCCAAGAUGCACAGAUCUGCUACUGUCCUUCAAGCAAACUUCAAGAGGCAUAAGCAGCAAGCGACUUUCAGGAAGCAGCGCUGGGCUGCCUGUAUCUUACAACAGAGAUUCAGAGCUCUUAGACAGAGGAAUUGUGAGGUAAAGAAAUAUGAUGAAGUCAGGAAAGCUGUCAUCUGUCUGCAAGCUGCCUUCCGGGGAAUGAAAUCACGACACUCGGUCAGACAAAUGCACUUGGCAGCCACCACUAUCCAGAGAGCUUUCAGAGCCCACUGUGAACACAACAAGUAUAUUUCCUUAAAAACAUCUGUGCUCACCAUACAGCGCCGAUAUCGUGCCACUAUCGCUGCCAAAGCACAAUUACAACAUUACCAAAACAUGCAAACUGCUGUUGUAAUUAUUCAGGCAGCCUACAGAGGGACGCAAGUCAGGAAGUGUGUUGCUCGUUGGCAUCAGGCUGCCACUCUGAUCCAGUCUGUUUUCAGACGACACAAGGAAGAAGUCAAAUUCCAGGCCAUGCGUGUCUCUGCCAUCAUCAUCCAGAGAUACUACCGAGCUUACGUCCUUCAGAAACAAGACAGUAGAUACUACUACAAAAUUAGAUCAUCAGCCAUUGUUCUUCAGGCAGCAUUCAGAGGUCAUUCUGUGAGAAGAGGAAUUGCCAAGAUGCACAGAGCUGCUACUGUCCUUCAAGCAAACUUCAAGAGGCAUAAGCAGCAAACGACUUUCAGGAGGCAACGCUGGGCUGCUUGUGUUUUACAGCAGAGGUUUCGAGCUCUAAGACAGAGAAACAUUGAGGUACAACAUUAUCAAGAAGUCAAGAAAGCUGUGAUGACGCUUCAAGCUGCCUUCCGGGGAAAAAAAUCAAGACAAUCCAUCAGACAAAUGCGUCUGGCUGCCACCACUAUCCAGACAGCUUUCAGAGCCCACUGUGAACACAAGAAGUAUCUUGCCUUAAAAGCGUCUGUGGUCAUCAUACAGCGGCGAUAUCGGGCCACUGUAGCAGCCAAAAAACAAAUGCAACAUUACCAAAACACGCAAAAGGCUGCACUUGUCAUUCAGGCAUCAUACAAAAGAUGGCGGGUCAGGAAGGAUAUUGCUCUUUGGCAUCAGGCAGCCACUGUGAUCCAAUCUAUUUUCAGGCAGCACAGAGAGGAAGUUAAAUUCCAGGCCAUGCGUCUGUCAGCAGUCUUCAUCCAGAGAUACUACCGAGCGCAUGUCCUUCAGAAACAAGAAAGGGCAUACUUCCUCAAAAUCAGAUCUUCAGCCAUUGUCGUGCAAGCAGCAUUCAGAGGUCAUUCUGCGAGAAAAAGAAUUGCCAAGAUGCAGAGAGCCGCGACUGUCCUUCAAGCAAACUUCAAGAGGCAUAAGCAGCAAAAGACUUUCAGGAAGCAACAGUGGGCUGCUUGUGUCUUACAGCAGAGGUUUAGAGCUCGUAGACAGAGAAACAUUGAGGUACAACAUUAUCAAGAAGUCAAGAAAGCUGUGAUGACGCUUCAAGCUGCCUUCCGGGGAACAAAAUCAAGACAAUCCAUCAGACAAAUGCAUUUGGCUGCCACCACUAUCCAGACAGCUUUCAGAGGCCAUCGUGAGUUGGAUAAAUAUCUGAAAAUAAAAUCCUCAGUACUAACAAUUCAGCGCCAGUUUCGAACUGCUGUAGCAGCUAAAGCUCAAAGGAAGCGAUUCUUAGACGCACGCUGUGCAGCCAUUGUCCUUCAGGCAGCAUACAGGGGCCAGCAAGCUCGGAAGUGGCUUGCUCAUUUGCACCGGGCUGCAACUGUAAUCCAGUCAGCAUAUAGGAAGCACGUUGAGGUUGUCAAAUUCCAGGCAAUGCGUGCAUCUGCUGUGGUCAUCCAGAGAUGUUACCGGGCCUUUAUUCUUCAAAGGCAAGAAAGAAACAAGUUCCUGAAAAUCCUGCAAUCCACCAUUAUUAUUCAGGCUGCUUAUAAAGGCUACUGUGUCAGGAAGCACAUAAGUCGACAAAGUCAAGCUGCCACUUUGAUCCAGUCGCACUGGAGGUGCUUAAUCCAAAGGCGCAUCUUCCGGAAGAAAAGAGAGGCUGCUUUGAAGUUGCAACAGAAGGUCCGAGCAGUCCAGGUUGGCAAGGUGGACAGGAACAAGUUUGUCCGACUAAGGCAGGCCGCAAUCACACUUCAGACCCAAUAUAGAGCCUGGACUGCACGAAAGCGGAAACGUGAGGUCGCCAACGCACAGAGGAGACUUCGUUUCACUGGGGCAGUCUACCACCACCUCAGUGCCAUCAAAAUCCAAAGAGCUUUAAGAGCACGCUGGGCCCUGGAGUCUGCUACGAGACAGAUACAUUCUGUCCUCGCCGUACAACGUUUGGUCCGAGUGAGACAGCAAAGAAAACGCUUCCUCGAGGACCGAAGGAAGGUGGUCACAGCCCAGAGAGCAGUCAGGCGUUGGUUAGCUCGUCGACACAGUGCUGCGUCUGUCAUCCAGGAGGCUACCCGCAGGUUCCUCCUCCUCAGGCGCCAGAAGAGAAUCGAACACGGCAUUGUCAAAGCUCAGGCUCUGUGGAGAGGACACUGCUCCCGCCGACUGAAUGACAAUGUCAAAGUAAUAAAGUUGAGACAUAAAUUGCGUAAAGUCUCAGCUAGUGCCCGAGAGGAGGACAAAUUGUCCAACAAAACAUCCUCUGCCCUGGACUGUAUCCUUCAAUACAAACGCUUCUCCUACAUCCUUGAGGCACUGAAAAAUCUAGAGGCCACGACCAGGCUGUCCCCUGUGUGCUGUGAGCAGCUGGUAGACAGUGGAGCCACUAGUGUCAUCUUCAAGCUCAUCCGCUGCUGCAACAGGAGUGUGUCCUGCAUGGACGUCAUCACCUACUCCAUCCAGAUCCUCCUCAACCUCUCCAAGUAUCACAAAACCAUUGAGGCAGUGUAUUUGGUCGAAAACUCAGUGGACACACUGGUGGGCCUGCUGCAGCAGUACAGAGAGAAAGCAGGAGAUAAAGUGGCAGGCAAAGGUGGCAGCAUCUUCACCAAGGCCUGCUUCCUAUUGGCUCUGCUCCUGCAAGACAAACACCAUGCUGAGGAGGUUACGAAACUUCCAAAGGUCUUGGACAGGCUAACGAGCAUUUAUCGCCUCACUGUUCGCAAGAAUAAGAUGGAUGCUGAAAGAAGUGUCAUGAAGCAGAAGAUUAACGGAAGCUUCUACAUCCAGCAGACACCACGUAAAUCCCGCCCUGUGCCAAAGUUUGCGCCAGACUGGGUUCUCAGGAAGGACAAACUUAAAGACAUUGUGGAUCCCCUGAUGGCCAUUCAGAUGGUGGCUAACAUGCUCUCCAUUGUGUUGUAAAUAGCUUUUAAAUCUUCAUGUUUACAAAACAUCUUAUGUUUUUCCAUUAUGUACAACUUCAGUUUCUUUUUUCCUUUACUUUUAGUGUAUAUAUUAAAUUGUUUUUUUUAUCACAAACAUGGAUUUGUUUGCUUUUCAUUUUUUGUUUAAAACAUGUAUUUAUUUUUAGAGGCUGCGUUAAAAAGAAACAAAAGCGUCCUUACCUUACACCUCUUCAUACGAAGAGGUAUGGUCAAAUGUGAGCUGCCAGUGCUCAGAUGUUGGUUUCACCACGUCCCAAAAGUGUGCAAAACUUGACCUUUACCACCCAAAAUUGUCACCAGUAGAAGGAUGUAAGUAGUAAUCAUUUUACAUGUACUGAUAUGAAGAAGGCUGUUGCUCAAUUGUACGAAAAUGGCGAGUUCCAAGUUCGCUGCUAAAAGAAAAGUGGCCCAUGGACAAAUGUAAUCGAGGACCCUAGAUAUAGACUUACAUGUUAGCAUUGGGAGUUUUCCUUGUGUUCGUUCCUCUUUUCCUUCUGGUUUUUGGACAGCACUUGCGUGGUAGUUGUGGCUAUCUCAUCAAUGUAACGUUACUGACGCCUAGUGGCCACCGUAGAUAUAUCACAAUGCUUUUGAAUGGGUCUUCUGAAUGCUUUAUAUUUGUAUUUUAAGUCAUUUAGCAAUUUUUAUGCUUGGAAAUGUGUAAUUUAGUGAAGAAAAAUAAAAAAUUGCUUAAAUAUGCAGAUUUUUGACUAAUAAUAGGCCAUA